CACUUUAUUCGAUUUGCAGUCAGAUAGUUUUCCGUUUUUUGAUUUUGUUGUUCGCAUAACAGCAGCUGGGGGAACCUUGGACUAAUAUUUAAACAACUGGGAAUGCUCUAGUAGUGCGACAGGAAUAUUUGACUUCAGAACAAUGUCUGAAAAAUCGGACCGAAAGGCAGAAUUGGAAAGAAAAAAGGCGUGGCUUGCCCAAAUUCGCGCCGACAAACUUCGCAAGAAGAAAGAGGAGGAAGAAAAAAAAGUGGUGGUAUCAUCAGACUUGGAACAAAAAAGAAAAGAUGCUGAGAGUUUGCUUCGUGAUAUUGGCAUUUCCGAUACAUCAUUAGUUGCUGCUGCUCCGAAGUCUCCGUCCAAAUCUCCCGCUGUUCCAGCUGCAUCGACUACAGAACAAGAUGGUGGAAAACCAAGGCAUGGUUAUUCACGAAGGACUCAAAUUUUCAAAAGAACUGUUGCUCAAUAUGGUGACUGGGAGUGUCAAGAAAAAGAUAUCUGCCAUACUGAGCAAGUAUCGUUCAGCUUGAAAACAUCUGGUCUGGAUUGGGAUCAGGAUGCAAGUCUUGUCGAACUGCAAGGGCCUCGGAAACAUGCUAAACUUGAGCUCAGUAAAAUCACAGUGACUUCGAUUGCACCAAAAGAAACUGUCACCUAUGCGAAAGAAACUCAAACUCCAGUUCAACAACAGCAACAAUCUGAUGACGAAGAUGAAAAACAAGACGAGGAAAAGAACAAUAUUGUUCUGGAAGAUAAAUUAGCUGACGAUGAUGAAGAAAAAGAAGAAGAAGGUACUCGAGAGCUUACAGAAGAGGAAAAAUGCACAAUUGAAAAUUCUGAAGAAUAUUUAUCGUUUUUAAAUCGUACAUCAAGAUUUAUGGAGAGAGCCCUCACACAUAAAAUUGAUUUAUUUACUGAAUACAAUUUACAACAAGAUGAAGAAAGUGAGGCAGACAAAGGGGCCAAACUCGCUCUGAAUCGCGUAUUCUCAGAUGAAAGAUGGUCAAGGCAUAGACUAGUUACUUGCUUGGAUUGGAGCACACAGUAUCCAGAACUAUGUGUUGCAUCAUACAGUUCCAAUGAAGAUGCACCUUAUGAACCUGAUGGUGUUGCACUUGUGUGGAAUAGUAAAUAUAAAACAGCAAGUCCCGAGUAUAUUUUUCACUGCCAGUCAGCAGUAACAGCAGCUUGUUUUGCCAAAUUCCAUCCCAACCUUGUAGUAGGAGGAACUUACAGUGGUCAGAUUGUAUUAUGGGAUAAUAGAACGAAGAAACGAACACCGGCUCAACGAAGUAAACUUUCAGCUUCUGCUCACACACAUCCAGUUUUCUGUGUUGAUGUGGUUGGAACACAAAAUGCUCAUAAUUUGAUUUCAAUUUCAAAUGAUGGAAAAAUGUGUUCGUGGAGUUUAGACAUGUUGACCCAACCACAGGAUACUAUGGAAUUGCAGCACAAGCAAUCAAAAGCUGUUGCUGUGACUUGUAUGGCUUUUCAGCCUAAUAAUGUUAACAAUUUUGCUGUUGGUGCAGAAGAUGGAUCUGUGUAUUCUGCCUGUAGACACGGGAGCAAAACAGGAAUAAGUGACGCUUUCGAUGGUCACUUUGGACCAGUAACAGGAGUUGAUUUUCAUUGUGCUACUGGUCAGCUCGAUUUUUCUCAUCUUUUCCUCACAUCCUCUUUUGACUGGACUGUAAAACUAUGGUCACUGAAGAAUGGAACUAGAAAAUGUCUUCAUUCAUUUGAAGACAACAAUGAUUAUGUAAUGGAUGUUGCUUGGUCUCCAGCUCAUCCUUCCAUGUUUGCAAGCGCUGAUGCAUCAGGGAGAAUUGACCUGUGGAAUUUGAAUACCGAUAUUGAGGUACCUGCUGUUUCUGUGAUGACAGACAAUAAUUCUGCUAUAAAUGAAAUUCGUUGGAAUCCUGCUGGAUCGCAAAUAGCUGCCGGUGAUGAAGUAGGAAGAAUUCAUGUAUAUGAUGUUGGAGAACAAAUUGCAUCUCCUAGAAAUGAUGAAUGGUCCAGAUUCGUUCGUACUUUGGCUGAUAUAAAAAGUAAUGAAGCUGAUGAGGAAGAAACUUUAAUGUCAAGACAUCUAUGAAAUACGAUUCACCAAGUUUAUUUGUGCGAAAUUGAAAUACACCAAGCAUUCUUCUUCUUAGCUUUAUACCAUGUUUGUAGGAUGAACUUAAUAAUCGAUACCACUUAUGUUCAACUAAUUAUCAAACUAUAGAAGUUGGUAAUGGAUUAUUGUUCUCACCAAAUUAAGUUCAUAACUAAUUUAUUGGCGGUCUUUUUUUCCAUCUUUUUCUAGUAUGCUUGUACUUACCAUGACUGAAAAUCAACACCAAAUGACCCAGUAUUUCUCCUGGAAUAGUUAUAAUCACAACAUGCAUAAGUGGAUUCAACUCUAAGCAAUGAAUUUGUUCUUGUUUUUGAAUCAGUACCAAUUGUGGUGUCGUAAUCAAUUUAUAUUCUGUUGGUGCCUGUGUUGCCAACUAUACAAUUUUUGCGUUGUUACAUAUAUUGUGCUGCAUGCACUAUGUGCACAUUUACUAUAUUGCUCUGAAUAGUACUAAAUGAUCUUUACGCCGAACAAA